CUUUCGGGUGGCCCGAUCCAGAUGAAUAUUUUGUACAGCCUUCAUGCUCUUCGUCUUUCCAUGGCUACUGUUUUGGCAAAUAACGCUGCCGGACCACUGGCUACUUUUUCUAAGGUGGACGCUCUGAUAGCGCUUACCAGCAACAUUGUUGCUUCAUUGCCUCACCUCCUUAGUCCUCCCAUUCAAUCACGUAUCAGCAGUGCUUCCACUCCUUUUAAAAUUAAGCCGGUGGGUUCGGACACCCUUAUUAAAGAUGUAUUUGGUCAAGAGACUUGUAUGUCUCAGAUUGCCUCAGUUGAUAAGUUUAAUAAAUGUGAAAAAAAAUCUUUAAAUCUAGGGACCUCGGUGAUCAAAGAAAUAAGGCCAUCCCUUGUUACUGAGUCCUGUGAGCUUACUGGUCUGGCAAAUUCAACUGAGAAUGAUUCUAAAAUUUCAAGUAACAAUCAGCUCGAGUUUAACGGAUUAAACAGUACACAGAUAAUUGAAGAACGAUUAAGAAUGGGGCGAGCAACAAUGAGGCAAGGAAAGACAUUGCAGGAUGCCUCUGAAAUCUCGACUGCCGAAUGGAACGAGUUUAAACAUUCUAGCGCUUCUAAUGAGGGGACGUUUACUUCAAACCAAUCCAAGUUUGUCAUCGAUGGUCCUGCAUUUCCUGUAAAUGCUUUAAGUUGUUCAGCAGUCAGCAAACCAACCUUUGAAAUUUCUCAUUCUAUUGGCUCAUUUGAUGAUGGACAAUAA